UACGGUGCUGACAAGAUGGCGGCUGGCGGGGCUGUCGUUGCGGCGCCCGAGUGCCGGCUUCUGCCCUACGCGCUACACAAGUGGAGCUCUUUCUCCUCCACCUACCUACCCGAGAAUAUUUUAGUGGAUAAACCAAAUGACCAAUCCUCAAGAUGGUCUUCAGAGAGCAACUAUCCUCCCCAGUACUUGAUUCUGAAGCUUGAAAGGCCUGCUAUAGUUCAGAAUAUUACUUUUGGAAAAUAUGAGAAAACUCAUGUCUGUAAUUUGAAGAAAUUUAAAGUCUUUGGAGGAAUGAAUGAGGAAAAUAUGACAGAGCUAUUGUCCAGUGGCUUAAAGAAUGAUUAUAACAAAGAAACAUUCACCUUGAAGCAUAAAAUUGAUGAACAGAUGUUCCCUUGUCGAUUCAUUAAAAUAGUCCCACUCUUGUCCUGGGGGCCCAGCUUUAACUUUAGCAUCUGGUAUGUUGAACUUAGUGGCAUUGAUGAUCCUGAUGUAGUACAACCCUGUCUCAACUGGUAUAGUAAGUACCGUGAACAGGAAGCCAUUCGCCUUUGCCUAAAACACUUCAGACAACACAACUAUACGGAAGCUUUUGAAUCACUGCAAAAGAAAACCAAGAUUGCUCUGGAACAUCCAAUGUUAACAGACCUGCAUGACAAACUGGUGUUGAAGGGUGAUUUUGAUGCUUGUGAAGAAUUGAUUGAAAAAGCUGUAAAUGAUGGCUUGUUCAAUCAGUAUAUCAGUCAACAAGAGUAUAAGCCACGAUGGAGUCAAAUUAUUCCCAAAAGCACCAAAGGUGAUGGAGAAGAUAACCGACCAGGAAUGAGAGGGGGCCAUCAGAUGGUUAUUGAUGUUCAGACAGAGACCGUUUAUUUGUUUGGUGGCUGGGAUGGAACACAAGAUCUCGCUGACUUCUGGGCGUACAGUGUGAAGGAGAACCAGUGGACAUGUAUCUCUAGAGACACUGAGAAAGAGAAUGGUCCUAGUGCCAGAUCAUGUCAUAAAAUGUGCAUUGACAUUCAACGAAGGCAAAUCUACACAUUGGGGCGUUAUUUGGAUUCCUCUGUGAGGAACAGCAAAUCUCUGAAAAGUGACUUCUAUCGUUACGACAUUGACACAAACACAUGGAUGUUACUAAGUGAGGAUACUGCUGCUGAUGGAGGGCCGAAAUUGGUGUUUGAUCAUCAGAUGUGUAUGGACUCAGAAAAACAUAUGAUCUACACCUUUGGUGGUAGAAUUUUGACAUGUAAUGGCAGCGUAGAUGACAGCAGAGCCAGUGAACCACAAUUCAGUGGGUUGUUUGCUUUCAACUGUCAGUGUCAAACCUGGAAACUUCUUCGAGAGGACUCCUGUAAUGCUGGGCCUGAGGACAUCCAGUCUCGGAUAGGACACUGCAUGCUAUUUCACUCAAAAAAUCGUUGCUUAUAUGUAUUUGGUGGCCAGCGAUCAAAGACCUAUUUGAAUGAUUUCUUUAGUUAUGAUGUGGACUCUGAUCAUGUAGACAUAAUUUCAGAUGGCACCAAGAAAGACUCUGGGAUGGUUCCAAUGACAGGAUUUACCCAAAGAGCAACUAUUGAUCCAGAACUGAAUGAAAUACAUGUCUUAUCUGGCCUCAGCAAAGACAAGGAAAAGAGAGAAGAGAAUGUCAGAAAUUCAUUCUGGAUUUAUGACAUUGUGAGGAACAGUUGGUCUUGCGUCUAUAAGAAUGAUCAAGCUGCAAAAGAUAAUCCAAGUAAAAGUCUUCAAGAGGAAGAACCAUGUCCAAGAUUUGCCCAUCAGCUUGUAUAUGAUGAGUUACACAAGGUUCAUUAUUUAUUUGGUGGGAAUCCAGGAAAAUCUUGUUCUCCAAAAAUGAGAUUAGAUGACUUCUGGUCACUGAAGUUGUGCAGACCUUCAAAAGAUUACUUACUGAGGCAUUGCAAGUACCUCAUAAGAAAAUACAGGUUUGAAGAAAAAGCCCAAGUGGAUCCUCUUAGUGCUCUGAAAUAUUUACAAAAUGAUCUUUAUAUAACUGUGGAUCAUUCAGACCCAGAAGAGACAAAAGAGUUUCAGCUCCUAGCUUCAGCUCUAUUCAAGUCUGGUUCAGAUUUUACAGCUCUAGGCUUUUCGGAUGUGGAUCACACCUAUGCUCAAAGAACUCAACUCUUUGACACCUUGGUAAAUUUCUUUCCUGACAGCAUGACUCCUCCUAAAGGCAACCUGGUAGACCUCAUCACACUGUAACUGAAGAGUCACUGGACACACAAAUGAAGAACAGGCAUCUGCUUUCAGUGUUUUGGACUGCAGCUCUAUUGACCGAUAAUUAAGCUACAGUGAUUGAGGACUGUACCAGAGUUACCAUCACAAAUUUAAUACUCUUCGUUCAUACUUGACCUCAACCCCAUAAAUUUCAUCCUAUUCCUAAAGGCUAAUAAAGUGAAAUUGGUAUACUUUCCAUUUAAAUAUA